UAAUGUGAAGUUUGUAAUUUUGUACAUGUUACCAGACAGUAUUAAGAUGAACAAAUCAGGGAGAAUGAGAGGCUGCGCAUGUGAUAUAAGAAAUGCACAUGAAAGUUUAGUUGGAACACCAAAAGGAAAGAGACCACUUUGAAAAUUAAAUUUACAACAAUGGCUACCAUUAAACAGUUGAAUGUGCUUAUAGCUCUCUUGUCCUUGUUCUCGUGCUUUCUUCACAUAAAUGCUGCAGUUUCUCAACCUGCUGUUGUACAGGAUCCUGCUUUUGUGGGUGCUGGCAGUAAAUCUGGAGUCCUUGUCUGGAGAAUAGAGAAAUUUAAUCCUGUAGCAGUUUCAUCAGAUAAAUAUGGCCAGUUUCAUAUAGGAGAUUCUUAUGUUGUUCUCAAGACAAAGAAUAACAGACGCAGUUGGGACAUUCACUCUUGGCAUGGGAAUGAAACCUCAAAUGAUGAAUCUGCUACUGCUGCAAUUAAGAUGGUAGAACUGGACAACUUGCUAGGUGGAGGUCCUGUGCAGCAUCGUGAAGACCAGGGAGAAGAAUCAGAUCUGUUCCGAUCCUAUUUCUCUUCUGGUAUCCUGUACCUACCUGGAGGUAUACCCAGUGGAUUGCGCCCUGUGAAUCGUCCACGUUAAGACAAAUUCAUUUCAGGAUAUGGGCUGGUUGAAGAAUUUGCAGGAACCACCUUUUUUAUGGUUGAUGAUUUAUUGAUAUUAUAAACAUUCUUACUUUCUUUUGUUAGCAGAUCAUUUUAUUAUUGAAGCAUUAAUUUACCUAUAGAUGUGAGAGUGAUAAAUAUUGGUACAUGUCUUCAGAAACACGCAGUGGUAAUAUGCACAGUUAUUAAUCUUUAAAAUGUUGUAUUGGCAGCAAAUAGCCUGGGUUCGGUCCUUUGUGGCUAUAAUGAUUAACUUUUAACUAACAUUGCUAAAUAUAAAUUUGUUAUUCCUUAUAUUUAUAGGAAAUUAUGGUAUGAUCAUUUAACACAAAAAUAACUUUUUGAGGUAACUGAAUGUUUAUUAACUUGUUAGGUGCUUAUAACAUCAUAAUUUUUAUUUAGUAAGAAAUUUCAUGUUAAUUGAGAGUUUGAAGUGUAUUAAAGAGAGCAUAUACUAUUUAUAACUGUGCGGAGUGAACCAAAACAAUUACCUAUCAUCAGAGCAAGUUAAAAGUUGUUAUGAAAUAAUUUGAUGACAGACCUUCUAACUUCUGAUAGCAUUUUAUAUCCAUGUGUUAAAAUGAAUUUUGAACAGUUACUCAUAACAAAUUGUAAAAUAAAAUUAUAUGUUUUUUUAUCGAUGGUACUUCGAAUCAUGCAGAAGUAAAUGUGUGUUUAUCCAAAGUGGAGUGAUCAUGCUUUCUGAAUACUGCUGAUUCUUGUGACUUCCUGUAUCAGAAAACAAAUUACAAAGGUAUUCCUUAUACACCAAGUGUGUCAUUACUUGCCAGUUUUUUGUAUGCUGCAUACAAAUAGUAGCAUUAUUGAUUGUGAAAUGAAAUAUGAUGAUAUUAAUAGUGAAACGUACAAUACAAUACUGCAUAAUACUUCAUACAUAAAUAAGAUUAAACACUAUAAAUUAAGUUUGUGAAACUGUAUUGUUAAUUUGUGACACACCAUGAAAUUGAAGUAAUACGUG